GGAGCCAAAAGGCCUGAAGGUGGUUGGUCGCGUAUUAAAGGCAUGUUUGGGUAUUAUCCUAGAGAAGUUUGAGAGAGACCCUCUUAAAAUUCUACACACGACUGCUGCUUAUCUCUCUGUGGGCUGUGGCCGAUCCAUGUCUAAAGCUGCACUGCACCUGCACUCCAGACUCUUCUCCUACAUAUAAAAGCAGCCAACCUUCGUCCUCUUCCUUCCACGAUAUCACUCUCAAAGAGAUCUACCAGAUGUCGUCGACGUCCCAAGCGAUGCUUAACCAGACCGCAGGUUUGUUCGAAGAGAUGCCAUCUCAGAUGGGUUUCUUCUCUUUUCCUUCAAACUUGACCUCUUAUCCUCCACAUCUCCCCGAAACCCUACUGUCUCAUCAAAAGCAGACUCAAGACACAUCUUCUGAUUUGGGAGGACCCCAACUCCUUUCCUUGCAUAGAUCAACAAAUUUCUGGGCAUGGGGAGAAGUGAACGAGUCAUGUUUGGGAAGCAAGAAAAGUUGUGGUGGAGUAAUGGAUGAUCAUAAUCAUCUGGGGGUUUCUUCAAUGAAAAUGAAGAAGAUAAAAGGAAGGAGGAAGGUAAGGGAACCUAGGUUUUGCUUCAAGACCAUGAGCGAUGUGGAUGUACUGGAUGAUGGCUACAAGUGGAGAAAGUACGGCCAAAAAGUGGUAAAGAACACCCAGCAUCCCAGGAGCUAUUACCGUUGCACACAAGAUAAUUGUCGCGUAAAGAAACGUGUGGAGAGAUUAGCAGAGGAUCCAAGAAUGGUGAUAACAACAUAUGAAGGGAGACACGUACAUUCUCCGUCCCAUGAUCUCGAAGACUCACAGGGUCCAUCGCAGCUUGCAAAUUUCUUCUGGUAGCUGUCUAGAAUAAAUAAUGCUCAAUAGUAAUCUCUUUGUGUAAUGUUCUCUACUAUAUAAAUGGUUAUAUAUAUAUAUAUAUGGUUUGUGUUGUGCAUGAACUGUAUGUGUUGGUUUGCUAGUUUUGGAUACGUACUCAGAAAAUAACACAAAAUGAUGUCAGUGUGCAAUGCCGCAUUUCUUAGGCCUCUUGCAUGCUAUUGUAUGUCUCUGGUAAGAAUUCAUGUCUUUUAAGCUUUGCGUAGUUGCAAACUACUUAUGUCAUGGUAUCAAAAUUCAUAAUAU